CUGUAACGCCAAAUCAAAUAAUAGGACCAUCUUUGCCGUGGAAGGUUGAGCUUGUCAGGUCUUUCUCCCUUUUUCUUAAACAAUUUUACUGUCUUCUACCCUUUAUUCAGCUCUCUCUCAAACAUGGGCUGUUCAGCUUCAAAAGCGUCGAAGGUUGUUGUGCCGAUGCCAACAGACGUGAAAGAGAAUCUAAAAUCAUCUCCUGAGGAUAAAACACAAGAACUUACAAUUACGGCACAGGAGACAACGAACGGGAAGAGGAUUCAAGUGAAGCAAUCACAAGGAGACAGCUUGCACGGAAGUCAAAGCAGUCUAACUUCAAACUCUGAUUCUGCAAGAUCUGAUCGCGAAAGCUCGGCCAAAUCCACGAGAACUAUGGAUAGCGGGUUAGGUGAACUUGAGGACGAUGAAAAUAUUGUGUCAGAGAGGUCUUCGCCAGACAAACAGAAAAUUGCGUUGUUGGAUCAGAGGCCUCCAACACCAGAACUGUUCAUCGAAGGUUCCCAAGUCCUAAGAAGAAAAAGCUUAAAAGAGAAGAGAGUUUCCUUUUCAGAAAAACAGGAGGAGGUUAGAAAUAGAAUAAAUUCUCUUGCGCCCGUUGGUGGAGUUACAGAAAGACCGCAAAGUAGAGGAGGAAUGGCAUUUGAUGUUAUGUUGUGCCCUGAAACUGGCAAUGUAAAAAGAAGACCUCAGCAUCUUAAGAAAUUAGAAAGAAGGAAGAAGAAGAGUUCACGACGGACCAGGGAGGAAAUAGAAGAAAAGCUAAAAAAUGCAGAUGAAAGAAGAAAGGAAAAAGAACAACUUACAAAAGAGAAAGCUCAAGCCAUGAUGACAAGAGAAAGAGUAAAACAAGCUUUGGAUGAUUUUGCUCAAAGGCAAACGAACAUUGAGCAAACAGUCUCCAGUUAGGACUUCUGUUACCUUCAGAGGAAAAAUUAAUUGAUGUGCUAUUUUUAGAAAGUGAAUGGUGAUUUAUAUGUAGCAUACAUCAAAGCCAGUCUUUGUUUUGUGCUCGAUAUAACCUCUGUCUGGAGUUAAAAGAAUUUUUAAAUUACAACAAAUCAUUUGUAUGAUUUCAUAAACUUUGAAACUCAAUUUGUAGGCUUUGGUUCUUUUCCUGCAGUAUUCAGUGAAGACUGGAGGGAUCGAUCACCUUAACAAAAAGAUGACACAAAACUUCUAACCUUUUGACCAAAAUUUCAUAACCAAACAUUCAUACGUGUGUUAUGUUAACAUUGGUUAAAUAGCCUGCAUCACUGUCAUUUUCUCUCUCCCAUGUCAUUCACCACUAGUGUUGCCCAUUGAUAUUUUUCCAAUUGUCAUGAACAGUUGUCCAUUGUACAGGGGAACCAGAACAACUUAUUAAGCUACAUGGGCUAAUAUUAGUUAGACUAAUAAUAUCAUAGAUUUUUUCAAGAGUGCUAAUAUAUUAUAAAUAUUAUUACUUUAGAGUAUGACUUUUUCUAGGUUUCUCAUAUUUAUUUCCUUUUACCAACAAAGGUAACCAGUGGCUAAUAACUGCAUAAAUUUGCUCCUUAGAAGAAGCAUCUGUAAAAAGGUUUUUCUUUUUUCACAUCCUCCCUCAGUCUCUAACUGUAAAAUGAGGGUACAGUUUUGUUAUUAAGUUAUUGUCAAGUCUUUCAUAAAAGUUUGAAUGACUAAGAGUGGAAUUUUAUUAUAUAAUAAUUGAUAAAGGUUUUCCCAAAUAAAAUUGCAGCAUCUUUUAUUUUACCAUUCUGCACCCCUACUGAACAUCUCAGAACAAGAGACAGCAACCUUGAUCUAUCAACUGACUACAUUUAUUUAAGAGAUUUCCUCAAGGUUGCACAUUCAUGCCGCAAAUAAGUGUACUAGCACAUGGCGACUUGUGACAAGGGUUCAUGCGUAAAACAAAAAAGUACAUCUUAUUAACCAAGCGCAUGGGCCGUACUUGAAAAAUAUCGGCCUGAGGUCUUCACAGUACAGACCACGCAUGGUGAGGUCCAUACAUAAAAAGACAGAGGCCAAUAUUCUCCCAGCACAGUCCUGAGCAAAUAUGGUUAAUAAGACAUUUAUUACACAACUAAAACUACCAGAAAAUCUCCAAGAGUGAUCUUGCAGGAUCAUUCGGGACAGUGCCCAGUCCAACACUUAGAGAAUAUUUGACCAGCAAUGGAGCAAUCUAGUUGGUUGAUUUUAGUUAUUGGCCCUCUGAACUAACUUAGUU